AUGGGGGUUGCAUUAAGCAAAAGAAAGAAUAAUCCAGAUAAAAAUCUUAAAAAUGAUUCAUCGGAAAAUAAAAGGCAAAAGAAAAAUGAUGAGCAUGACUCUAAUUUGGAAUUUAUAAAAAAAUACAAAAUAAUAAACAAGAUUGGAGAUGGGAAUUUCUCAAAAGUAUUUUGUUGCCGGGGGGAAAAUAAAAAAAAAUGCGCUAUGAAGUUAAUGUGCUGCCCCUUAAAGAAAACUUCACAUUAUAACUGCUUCAAGCGUGAAUUAUUUAUAAUGAAAACAAUAAAUAAUAAGCAUCCAUAUAUUGUUAAAAUUCUUGAUUAUCAUGAAAAGAUUUGGAAAAAAUAUUAUAUAGUCAAAUUAAUUUUAGAAUAUUGCGAAGGAGGAAAUUUAUUUGAAUAUAUAAAAAUAAAUGGAAGUUGUACUCAUUCUGAAGCUAGAGUUAUCAUAAUUAAACUAGCCAAAACUAUACAAUAUAUAAACUCUUUAAAAAUUAUGCACAGAGAUAUUAAACCUGAAAAUAUUUUACUAAGAACUAAAGAUAAUAUAAAAAGUGUAGUUCUAUCCGAUUUUGGGUUAGCUAAAAUUACACCUUCAAAUCAGUCUGUCGUUAAAAGUAGAUCUGUGUGUGGAAGCGAUUUUUACCUAGCUCCAGAAAUUAUAAAAAAUAAAGAAUAUGGAAUAAAAAUUGAUAUUUGGAGUUUAGGAGUUUUAAUUUUUUUUAUAAUAACUGGAAAAGUACCCUUUACAGGCAAAAAUGCAAAUGAGCUAUAUAAUAAUAUUCUUAAAGCAAAUAUUCCUGAAUUAUUAUCCAAGGAAAAAUCAUUGAACAUACAACCGGGGUUAAAAAAUUUAUUAGAAAACAUUUUAGUGCAUGAUCCAGAAAAACGAUUUAGCUGUUCAGAUAUUUUAAACCAUCGGUGGAUUAGAGGAACUCUUACAAGUUGUGAAUUUAAAAUUUUUAAUUCGGCUUCAUAUAUAAAGAAAUUAAAGUUAGACAAAAAAAAAAGUUUACCUGAUGAGUCAAAAGAAAACCAAAUAAUAAACAAAUCGUUUGAAAAAGAAAAGGAUUCCAUUGCAAAUAUGAAAAAGAAAUAUACUUUUUUCUUAAAAAAAAUUACAAAUUAG